UUCCGCUCUUUCUCUUUCACGUUGUAUUCUUGCAAGCAGCGACAUUUCUCUGCAGUCCUGACACUGUUUUAUAGAAAACUGUUUUCGUUUUCCACGUGCUGCUAGCUGCUGUUCUCACCGCAAGCAACACGACAUCUGAACCAGAAGACAGAAGGCGCAUAUCGGGUAAUUAAGGUUUGGCUUCUCAGUCCAUUGCAGAGACUGUGGAGUCCCCAGACACCAUGUCCUUUGUGGCGGACACAGAGAUGAAGGACCUUGGCUCAGUGGACUUCAUCCAACUGCAGCAGCACAUCGACUAUGGCAGGCUGAAAGUCAAGGAUAUGAUGAAGGAGUUUGAGGCAGGUGGAAGAUUAGCUGCGCACAGCCAUGGAGGGUGCAUUGACUUGGAAGGCUUCAGUCUCUUUCUCAAGAUGUACCUGGAGGUGGAUGACCUCCCCCUCGACCUUUGCCAGCGCAUCUUUUGCUCCUUCCAGAACCCUGAGCAGGACAGGACCAACGGGACCACAAGCUCGACGCCGAAGGUGGUCUGUCCUAAGGAUGUGUCGUGUUACUUCUCCUUGCUAGAAGACGGGCAGCCCCAUGAUAAACUUGAAUAUAGCUUUAAACUGUAUGACAAAGAUGGCAAUGGAGUUCUGGACAGCUCGGAGGUGGACCGCAUUAUCACUCAGAUGAUGCGAGCAGCGGAUUACCUGGGCUGGGACGUCACGGAGCUCAGACCGGUGCUGAAGGAAAUGAUGGCGGCCAUUGACUCGGAUGGCAGUGGCACAGUGUCCCUUGAGGAAUGGAUUGAGGGUGGCAUGAAAAAUGUGCCACUUCUGGUUCUGCUGGGACUCAAGGUGACCCAGAAGGACGGGCAGCAUCUGUGGAGGAUGAAGAACUUCAACAGGCCGGUUUACUGCAACGUGUGCCACAGCAUGCUUCUCGGCCUGCGCAAACAGGGCCUGUGCUGUGUCUGCUGCAAGUAUACAGUCCAUGGUCACUGUGCCAAUAAGAACCCCGCUCCCUGUACCCGCACCUAUGUCAAGUCCAAAAAAGAGGCAGGGGUGGCAGCUCAUGACUGGGUCCGCGGCAGCUACGACUCCAGCAGGUGUGACAGGUGCCAGAAGAAAAUCAAGAGCUACCAAGGCCUGACUGGCAAGCACUGCGUGUGGUGCCACACCAUGUGUCAUGACGAGUGUGUGGAACAGGAGCCGAUCGAGUGCACCUGCGGGCCCCUCAGAGACCACAUCCUACCCCCCUGGGCCAUCUACCCCGUCAUCAAGGAGGACAAUCCCGGUGGUAAGAAAGUUUGCUGCCCCAGCAUCUCGGAUGGCAACGAGCUGCAGAAUUACACUCCUGACGGUCACAUCCUACAGAUCAGCCCUGUUCCAGACACGCACCCUCUCCUAGUGUUUGUGAACCCCAAGAGUGGAGGCAAGCAGGGCGAGAGGGUCCUGCGCAAAUUUCAGUACCUACUGAACCCCCGGCAAGUGUACAAUCUCUCCAAUGGAGGGCCUGGUCCAGGACUGCACUUCUUCAGGAACCUGCAGAACUACAGGAUCUUGGUGUGUGGGGGGGACGGCACCGUGGGCUGGAUCCUGGACGCCAUUGACAAGGCGGACCUGGUGGUGCGCCCCCCGGUGGCCGUGCUGCCCCUCGGCACAGGGAAUGACCUGGCCCGUUCACUCAGAUGGGGAGGAGGUUAUGAUGGGAUGGAUCUGAGUCAGAUCCUGAAGGAGAUUGAGUGCAGCACAGAGGUGCUCAUGGACCGCUGGAGCGUGCAGGUGAUCCCCGAGGACAGCCAGAUGAAAGCGGACCCUGUGCCAUAUGUGAUCAUCAACAACUACUUCUCCAUUGGAGUGGAUGCCUCGAUCGCCCAUCGAUUUCACACAAUGAGAGAGAAGCAUCCCCAGAAGUUCAACAGCAGAAUGAAGAACAAGCUGUGGUAUUUUGAGCUGGCCACCUCUGAGACCAUAUCUGCCUCCUGUAAGAAGCUGAAGGAGUAUAUUACCAUUGAGUGUUGCGGCACUCCUCUGGACCUCAGCAGUCUCUCUCUGGAAGGAGUUGCUGUUCUCAACAUUCCCAGCAUGCAUGGUGGCUCCAACCUGUGGGGCGAGCCCAAGAAGGCCGACACCAAGGGCGCAACUGACCACGAACUUCCAGAGCUGAUCACUGACCCUGAUAUCCUGAAGCACAGCUCUCAAGACAUCAGUGACCGCCGGCUGGAGGUGGUGGGGCUGGAGGGGGCCGUAGAGAUGGGCCAGAUCUACACUGGACUAAAGAGCGCAGGACACAGACUGGCCAAAACCUCACAAAUAACAAUCAGGACGAAGAAGCCCUUGCCUAUGCAGAUAGAUGGGGAGCCGUGGAUGCAACCCCCAUGUACGGUGAGGGAUUGCUUCCUUAUCAGCGAAUCACAAAGUGCCAGCAGAUACACACCGCAUACACCCACCCAGAUACAGAUAGAUUCAGCACAGACUGAUUCACUUUAUUCCAUAAAUUUAAAGGGGGUUCCGUGCCAGUAUGUCAUUGUGUUUUAAUAGGGGUGAAAUAAUGAGCAUUCAUGUGCCGUAUGAUGUGCCCAAAACGAUUUAUUGAAAAGAACAUCUUCGUCUGCUUUACAUUUUCUUCAGCUGAAAUAUUGUUUUUUUUCCCCAAUUACACUUUUUGGAGCAUUGAACUGUGUACAGGUACUCAUUAUUUCACUACUGUGCAGUAUCCUUGUGUCCAGUCCUGUGAAGUUCCAUUAGAUGUGCGCAUGUAGGCUACCAUUGCCUUACACACAUUGCCACCCUAUAUCAAAGUUAAUCGGACUCAGAAAGAGUGGGCGACUUCCCUCGUUCUUGACUAUGAUAUUCAGACAAAUUUGUUCACACAUUUAUCUGUGACAGUGAUAGUCAAGUAACCUCGUGUCCUCUUGUCUUCCA